AGUCCGUAGUCUCGAGUCGUGUAUUCGGGCCAAUAGUAAUCGUGCGGUGCCUUUGAGAACACGGUACGGUCUCCUCUCGUCAGUCCGGUUGUGGUGCGUUUUCAUACGUCACGUCGGGACAGAGAAGGGCAAACGAGGAAGGGAACAGCGUCGAAAAGACAGGCAUCGUAGCGUCGUUUGUCGCGUCGAUUUUGGAGAAAUCAAGAGAAAUCGUUCAAGUUCUCGAGGGGACAUCGUAAAGGACAGAAAGGUCCGGGGACAGGGAUUCUCCUGUCGCUCUUUACACUCGCCUAACCGCGUCUCUGUUUCCGUACGAUCGUGUUCGACAGCCGCGGAGAAGCUGCAACUCUUUUUCGGUAACAGGAUUCCGGAGCGGGAGCCGCGCAAGACGAGCAACAGCAACAAGAGCAGCGAGGCUAAGGAGAGGACGCGUUUGGCCAAGAAAGCGUCAGAGGUAGAUCCACCGUAACGGUGGACGGGAUUCUCGACGAAGACGACGUCCGAGUAGGUCGUCUGAGUGGGUAGGCUUUCAUCGUGGGCGAACGAGAGGGAGAAAAAACUUCGCCAUGCCGGCAGGUAUUGGCGCUUCGUACAGGUCGUUAGGCGACCUGGGCGAAAAUGUGUACAAAAGCACGACGAUCGUCGACCAAACGCAGACCACCGGGCAGAGCGUCCUCGAGAGUGUCAAGAAGGCUUUCAGUUUCGCUUCACCCAAGGUCGAGCUAAGGAAAAAGGACCCGCUGAUCGAGGACCGCCGUGAGAGCGUCUCGAUCGUUUCAAGGGAAAGAAACAGGAUGCCGACUGCCGCCACAGCCGAGGAAUCAGCUCUUUUGGGCACGAUGCCUUCAGAUAGUAUGGAUGACAUCGAAUUGAAAAAUAUUCAGCUUCAAUUCCCGGCGCUAAGAUACUUGUCCAGAGACGACAAUUCCGUUCGAGAGGAGAGGGUGGAAACGGACAAAGGAAGUCUGCUGGUGGCUGUACAAGGAAAUCGAGCGAAACCUGCCAUUCUCACCUAUCACGACUUAGGCCUUAACUAUAUAUCGAGCUUCCAGGCAUUCUUCAAUUACAUCGACAUGAGAGUUUUACUCGAAAACUUCUGCGUCUACCACGUGAACGCACCAGGUCAAGAAGAAGGUGCUCCAACGCUACCUGAGGACUACGUUUAUCCGUCCAUGGACGAGCUGGCUGAACAGCUGCUCUUCGUCCUGGGUCAUUUUGGCCUGAAAUCCGUAAUCGGUUUCGGUGUUGGCGCUGGAGCCAAUAUACUGGCAAGAUUCGCACUUGCUCAUCCUGAGAAGGUCAAUGCCCUAUGCUUGAUAAACUGCGUAUCGACACAAGCAGGUUGGAUCGAGUGGGGUUAUCAGAAGCUGAAUGUUCGCCACCUGAGAUCACAGGGCAUGACCCAAGGUGUAUUGGACUACCUGAUGUGGCAUCAUUUUGGCAGGGGCACGGAGGAAAGGAAUCACGAUCUCGUUCAGGUGUAUAAGAAUUAUUUCGAACGUCGUGUGAAUCCAACGAAUCUGGCGUUGUUCAUCGAUAGUUACGUUCGUCGUACAGACCUGAAUAUCACGAGAGAAUUAGAUCCGACGCGUAAGAAGGAAGGUCUUACGCUUGGUGUACCUGUCAUGAAUAUCACAGGUGCUUUGAGCCCGCACGUCGACGACACUGUGACGUUAAAUGGACGAUUAGACCCGGCGAACAGCUCUUGGAUGAAGAUUUCUGAUUGCGGAAUGGUACUGGAGGAACAACCGGGCAAAGUAAGCGAGGCCUUCCGACUGUUUCUGCAGGGCGAAGGAUAUGUGGUGAGAUCCCCGCGGAAGCCCGUGACGCCGACAACACCCGAAGUGGCACCGCUCUCACCGCUGAAAAUGGCUGACUACAGACUGGCCUCCCUCGAGGGAUUAAAUCACGUUUGCAGUAAGAAAAUCGACUGGCCCACCGCGACUAUACACAUCACCGAGAAUCCCAUAUCGGAGGCGGUCGUUUGUUAAAUUUCUUGUCGACAAAUCCUCACCAUUCCCAUUGAUCGUUCACCAACGACAGACCACGCGAGCAUGAAACAUCCAUGCGAAUCGAACGUUCAGUUUUUUUAAUUUUUUUUAUUCGAGGUUUCGUCGGGGCAACGAUCAACGACGUGGCUUUAAAACGUUUUUCAAUCUUCGUUUCUACCAUUCGAUCCUUUAAUUUAAUCGUAUUUUUAAUUCCAUCGAUUUAUUUCAAUGUUUCAUUUAUUUCUAUCUAUAACGUUACGUUAAGAUUCGUGCAAGUUAAAGUAGCAAGAUUAUUUUGUAGCAAUUUAUUUCGUAAGAUCUGUUUGUUUUGUGUUUAAGAAUAGUUAAGCUAGCUGGUAGUUCUUAUUUAACGUUUAAGAGGCGUUUUAUCGAUUGGAUGAUACUAAUGUCGAAAGCCGAUUAUUAUCGUUCGCGAAAGACUUCCAACCGUUCAAUAUAAUUCGGAAGGCACGUAUCCACUUUUAAAACCCACGACAAUUUCUCGCGAAUCACCCAACGAUUUUUACUAUUGUUAUCUACGAUAUCUCUUUGUUCAGCGGAACAGCGUAUCUUUUUAAAAAUUUCAACGAACGUACACCAUCGACGGAGUCUUUUUAACAGAUAAACAUUCGGGAUUAUACAAACGUGCAAUUAUCUUCGACUCGUCAAAAAUCCGGCAGCAUCUCAUUCAUAUCGGUACGCGCAGAUUACGAUUCUCGUACAACGUCAGAGACAACGAAACCGUGGUUUUGCAUAAAAAAAAAAAAAAAAGAAAAACGACUCUAACGAAAAGCAAACCAAGGGGAAAAAUCAUUGUUGUACAAAGUAUGUACGUAGAAUUCGAACGAAAAAGGUUGUUCAUUGUGCUCACCUAUGAUGCACAUUGCAUACAUUUGUUAUCGAUGAUGAUCAUACGAUUCUAAAAGAAUAUUUCAAGAAACAAAAAAUGAAAAAAAAAAAAAAUUGAAGAAGAAGCUAAUAACACGAUUUCGUGUGUGUGUGUGCAGCACUGCAUCGUAGAGAAGCGCGCACUAAUUGCUUUCCGUGUUCAGAAGCGAGGAAAACGAUGGUAGGUGACGAAUCGGGUAGUCAAGUUUGGUUGGAAAGACUUGCGCACAUUUGAGAUACUUAUUCGCCGAGCAGGAACACAGCGUGUGGUCUUUUUAGAAAUUUGAACCCGUCCAACAUCGCGCCUACUAAAGUUUUCGUGCAAACAUCGAAAUCGCUUGCGUUCAUCUCGAAUCUGAGACCGACAAGAUAGAUUACACGAUUGAAGGAGCAAGAUUUGAGCAAUGUAGAGAUUUGAAAAAAAAAAGAAAAAGGAA